AUGGCGCUGCGCUCUCUCCUGACCAAGUGUCCGGCCCUCGGACUCAGGUCGCCGGCAGGCCCCCUUAUGGGGUCCGUCCACGCGCUCUCGCCGGCGGCAGCUUAUCGUCCUAUGUCUUCCCACGCUCGAAAACGAUACGUGGACCCUGAUCCGAGGUUUAACAAGCUAAUGGAGACGCUAGACAAAAAGCUUGCCGAGAGCAACAAAGCUCACAGGGAUAUGAUGGCAGUCCGUCAAAAGAUCCUGGAUAAAUUGAAUAAAUGGGAUAAGCUAUCAAAGGCAGUGUGUUAUCCUCUCAAUGCCUGCUCAGCCUUCGUGUUGUUAGUCGUGUUCCCGGUUUAUAGGUUAUGAUGAAUUAGUAGUAGUAGUAGUAGUAGUAGUAGUAGUAGUAGUAGUAGUAGUAGUAGUAACUGUAAGUGCUAGGAU